AUGGCUGAUGAUAAUGCACCCGUCUCUGGUUUUCAAGCCCAUUCCUCCGGCAACGACGAAUAUCGAAACCCUCCAAGUUUCUACUUCUCCGGCGGCGGCUCUCUGAACUCUAAAACUAGCAAUGCUAAGACUAGUACCCUUGGUAAUCAUCAACAAACUGAUGAGAAGACUGCAAAGAGGCGUAGAGGAAGGCCUCAAGGAUCCAAGAACAAACCCAAACCGCCGAUUGUUGUAACGAGGGAGAGUGAUACUUCACCCGUGAAGACGGUGGCUUUUGAAGUCUCCCCCGGUUUUGAUGUUAUCGAGAGAAUUAUCAGCUUCGCCUGUAGAAACCAUGUCGGUGUUGGUAUAAUCAGCGCUUCCAGCUCCGUUUCAAACGUCUCGCUCUGCCAUGCCUCUCCGCAAGAACCACGGCUCUUUCUUCAGGGAACCUUUCAGUUACAAUCCUUGAUCGGCUCAUUCUUUCCGGAAUACGGUACUCCGCCUUCUUCCAACGGAACAGUACCCCAAUCAUCAUCGCCGCGUUCUUCUUUUCGAAUAACUCUUGAAGGGCCACAAUUUAAACUCAUGGGAGGGAGAGUAUUCGGGAAACUGACGGCGGCAACACAAGUGGUGGUGGCGGCGGCUGUUCUGGAAAACCCUUGGUUCGAUGAUUUUCCAUGCGAAGAUGACAAUGAAGAUCUCCGUCAGCCGAAAAAAGCUCAUAACGCUAGUGGCGCAACCGGGAGUUUUGCUUCUAAUGGCAUGCAUAUGGGAGGAGCGAAUCCAGCUGCAUCAAACUUGACGUUUUCUCAACUUCUCAUGCAGAGAUCCUACCCAGAAGAUGAAUUAUCUAUGUGGUUUGAUUAG